AUGACCAAGAAGAGAAGGAACAACAGGCGCGUCAAGAAGGGCCGCGGCCACGUGCAGCCCAGCCGCUGCACCAACUGCACCCGCUGCGUGCCCAAGGACAAGGCCAUCAAGAAGUUCGUCAUCUGCAACAUCGUGGAAGCUGCGGCCGUCAGGGACAUCUCUGAGGCCAGUGUUUUCGACUCUUAUGUGCUCCCCAAACUGUAUGUGAAACUGCAUUACUGUGUGAGCUGCACGAUCCACAGCAAGGUAGUGAGGAAUCUGAAUCGUGAGGCACGAAAGGAUCGGACACCCCCACCCCACUUCAGACCUGCUGGUGCUGUCCCCAGACCCCCUCCAAAGCCAAUGUAA